AUGGUCGUUCAGAGAAGGCUCGGUUUCUCCGAGCACGCUUGUGGCUCCGAGCUUACACAUCAGUUUUCACUAUCUCGUCAACCAAAUAUAAAACUUCAUGAUACAACAAUAAUGCCAUCCCCAGCAUUAUCAACAAUACGUUUAAAUGCAUCAGAUUUACCAACGUAUCAUGGAAGACAACGUGAAGAUAUAGAUCAAUAG